GAAACCCUCCGUUCGGGCAGGUUGUACGGAGAUCCGUUUUGGAUGCACCCUUGCUUUCCCCCGGAUUUCAAUUGGUACUACUGUGCACUGCCAAGAAGGACUCAUCAUGGGGCACCUUGUCACGCUCGCAACAUGCUCCCUCAACCAGUGGGCUCUCGACUUUGAGGGCAACUGUGAGCGGAUCAUCGAGAGUAUCCGCAAAGCUAAGGCUGCCGGUGCCUCGCUUCGAGUCGGGCCUGAACUGGAAAUAACAGGAUAUGGCUGUCUGGACGCUUUCCUCGAGGGCGAUACCUUUCUGCACUCAUGGGAGAUGUUCGCGCGCAUCAUUGACCAUCCUGACUGUCAAGACAUCGUCUGUGAUGUGGGGGCUCCUGUUAGACACAGGAACGUUAUUUACAACUGCCGCAUUAUCUUCUACAACCGCAAGAUCAUCCUGAUCCGUCCUAAGAUGUGGCUCGCUAAUGAUGGAAACUACAGGGAAAUGAGAUACUUCACUCCCUGGCAACGCCCUCAGGAAGUCGAGGACUACUACCUGGAGCAGAUUGUCGGCAAGAUUACCGGGCAGUACAAAGUGCCGUUUGGCGAUGCCGUUAUCAGCACUAAGGAUACAUGUCUGGGUCUGGAAACCUGCGAGGAGCUCUUCACUCCCAAUGGACCUCACAUCCCGUACGGCCUUGCAGGUGUCGAAAUCAUCUCCAACUCCUCUGGAAGCCAUCACGAACUGAGGAAGCUUGAUACCCGUAUCAACCUCAUCACUCAGGCUACGAAAUUGAGUGGAGGCAUCUAUCUUUACGCGAAUCAACAAGGCUGCGACGGUGACCGACUAUACUAUGAUGGUUGCGCAUUGAUCGUCAUCAACGGCAAUGUCGUUGCUCAGGGCUCCCAAUUCUCCUUGAAUGAUGUGGAGGUCAUUACGGCUACUGUUGAUAUUGAAGAGGUUCGAUCAUACCGCUCUAGUAAAAGUCGCAGCAUGCAGGCCAGCAAACAGACUCCAUACGUCCGUCUCGACCUAGACACUAGACUGUCUCGUCUGGACAAAGAAGCUGAACCUGGUCUUGCUCCUACGGAAGCCUUUAAACCACGCUAUCACACCCCAGAGGAAGAGAUCGCUCUUGGUCCGGCCUGCUGGCUUUGGGACUACCUGCGGCGGAGCGGUGCUGCUGGAUACUUUGUCCCUUUGAGUGGCGGCAUCGACAGCUGCGCCACUGCUACCAUCGUACACUCCAUGUGCAGGGAAGUCAUCAAGGCAGUCGGAGAAGGAAACCAACAGGUCAUCAAGGAUGUGCGCAGACUCUGCGCAGAGCCGGCGGAGUCUACCUGGGUUCCAACUACGAGCCAGGAGGUCUGCAAUCGCAUCUUCCAUACGAGCUACAUGGGCACACAGAAUUCCAGCAAGGAGACGAGAGACCGAGCUAAGAAGCUUGCGGCAGACAUUGGCUCCUACCACACUGAUUUCAAUUUUGACACUGUUGUCACGGCCCUAACGAACCUAUUCACUGUCGUGACAAGCUUCCAGCCCAAGUUUGCGCUCCACGGCGGAACCCGAGCCGAGAACCAAGCCCUGCAGAACAUCCAAGCGCGUCUGAGGAUGGUUCUUUCUUACUUGUUUGCUUCGUUGCUUCCAACUGUUCGUCAGCGUCCCGGGGGCGGUGGACUGCUUGUCUUGGGCUCUUCUAAUGUUGAUGAAUGUCUUCGCGGUUACUUGACCAAAUAUGACGCCAGUAGUGCAGAUCUCAACCCCAUCGGCUCCAUCAGUAAAGUCGAUCUCAAGAAAUUCAUCGCCUGGUCCCGCGACGCCUUCGAACUCCCCAUCCUGCACGAAUUCCUCAGCGCCACCCCCACCGCCGAACUUGAGCCCAUCACAGCCACAUAUGUGCAAUCCGACGAAGCCGACAUGGGCGUCACAUACGCCGAACUCUCUGUCUUUGGGUACCUCCGCAAGGUAUCCAAGCUGGGCCCCUGGUCCAUGUACGAGCGGCUCCUCCACAUGUGGGGUAACGAGUACAGUCCGCGAGAGAUUUACGAAAAGACACGCCAUUUCUUCUAUAAUUACUCAAUUAACAGACACAAGAUGACUGUGCUUACCCCCAGUUAUCAUGCUGAACAGUACAGUCCUGAUGAUAACCGCCAUGAUCUGAGACAAUUCCUGUAUCCUUCUUUCUCAUGGGCCUAUAAGAAGAUGGAGGAGAGCGUUGAGUUCUGGGAGUCCAAGGGAUGGACCGUCGGGAAGGCGCAGAAGAAAAGCGUCAAGGCUGACUAAACUAAUCCACAGUCUGAGACAGACGAACUGAUACGUACCUACCUAGCUAGCCUUAGAAAGGUGACUGUCUACGAUAAAUCCUGAUGCAAUCGCAUACAAAGAUAUAUACGUUACGUAACGCUUCACGGUGAUUGAGAAAUACAGACAUGGAACUUUGUUACCAGUACUCUGCGAAACGUAAUAAGAAAGACAUGUGUGAAGCUCAUCAAACUGAGCUUUUUAUGAGAACUGAUAUGAAUGCGCGAUUGGCACCACAAUCAAGUCAUCAACUUUGGAUGAUAGA